UGCCCCGUGGAAGGGGCGUUCCCACACCCCAGAAGGAGGGGGCGCCUGGCCGCGCGGACUUUCCCUUUCGCUUACUUCCUAGUCCCGGGCAGGUCGGCUCGGAGGCAGCGAGAAAGCUCAGCCAGGCGGCUGCUCGGCGUCCUCCCAGGAUCCAAAGGAGACCUAUAGUGACCCUCAGGAGCUCGUAGUGACCACGUGAAGGUACCUGCGGGGCUCAUUGUGCCCAUUGCCCUUUCACUGCAACUGGUAGUUGUGGGUUGAAUCACUGGACAAUGCCACAUACUUUGUGGAUGGUGUGGGUCUUGGGGGUCAUCAUCAGCCUCUCCAAGGAAGAAUCCUCCGAUCAGGCUUCUCUGUCUUGUGACCACAAUGGUAUCUGCAAGGGCAGCUCAGGAUCUUUAAACUCCAUUCCCUCAGGACUCACAGAAGCUGUAAAAAGCCUUGACCUGUCCAACAACAGGAUCACCUACAUUAGCAACAGUGACCUACAGAGGUGUGUGAACCUCCAAGCUCUGGUGCUGACAUCCAAUGGAAUUAACACAAUAGAGGAAGAUUCUUUUUCUUCCCUGGGCAGACUUGAAUAUUUAGACUUAUCCUAUAAUUACUUAUCUAAUUUAUCGUCCUCCUGGUUCAAGCCCCUUUCUUCUUUAAAAUUCUUAAACUUACUGGGAAAUCCUUACAAAACCCUCGGGAAAACAUCUCUUUUUUCUCAUCUCACAAAAUUGCGAAUCCUGAGAGUAGGAAAUAUGGACACCUUCACUGAGAUUCAAAGAAAAGAUUUUGCUGGACUUACCUUCCUUGAGGAACUUGAGAUUGAUGCUUCAGAUCUACAGAGCUAUGAGCCAAAAAGUUUGAAGUCAAUUCAGAAUGUAAGUCAUCUGAUCCUUCAUAUGAAGCAGCAUAUUUUACUGCUGGAGAUUUUUGUAGAUCUUACAAGUUCCGUGGAAUGUUUGGAACUGCGAGAUACUGAUUUGGACACUUUCCAUUUUUCAGAACUAUCCACUGGUGAAACAAAUUCAUUGAUUAAAAAGUUUACAUUUAGAAAUGUGAAAAUCACCGAUGAAAGUUUGUUUCAGGUCAUGAAACUUUUGAGUCAGAUUUCUGGAUUGUUAGAAUUAGAGUUUGAUGACUGUACCCUUAAUGGAGUUGGUGAUUUUAGAGGAUCUGAUAAUGACAGAGUUAUAGAUCCAGGUAAAGUGGAAACGUUAACAAUCCGGAGGCUGCAUAUUCCACAGUUUUACUUAUUUUAUGAUCUGAGCACUUUAUAUUCACUCACAGAAAGAGUUAAAAGAAUCACAGUAGAAAACAGUAAAGUUUUUCUGGUUCCUUGUUCACUUUCACGACAUUUAAAAUCAUUAGAAUACUUGGAUCUAAGUGAAAAUUUGAUGGUUGAAGAAUACUUGAAAAAUUCAGCCUGUGAGGAUGCCUGGCCCUCUCUACAAACUUUAAUUCUAAGGCAAAAUCACUUGGCAUCAUUGGGAAACACCGGAGAGACUUUGCUUACUCUGAAAAACUUGACUAACCUUGAUAUCAGUAAGAACACUUUUCAUUAUAUGCCUGAAACUUGUCAGUGGCCAGAAAAGAUGAAAUAUUUGAACUUAUCCAGCACGCGAAUACACAGUGUAACAGGCUGCAUUCCCAAGACACUGGAAAUUUUAGAUAUUAGCAACAACAAUCUCAAUUUAUUUUCUUUGAAUUUGCCGCAACUCAAAGAACUUUAUAUUUCCAGAAAUAAGUUGAUGACUCUACCAGAUGCCUCCCUCUUACCCAUGUUACUAGUGUUGAAAAUCAGUAGGAAUACAAUAACUACAUUUUCUAAGGAGCAACUUGACUCUUUUCACACACUGAAGACUUUGGAAGCUGGUGGCAAUAACUUCAUUUGCUCCUGUGAAUUCCUGUCCUUCACUCAGGAGCAGCAAGCACUGGCCAAAGUCCUGGUUGAUUGGCCAGCAAAUUACCUGUGUGACUCUCCAUCCCAUGUGCGUGGCCAGCGGGUUCAGGAUGUCCGCCUCUCAGUGUCGGAAUGUCACAGGGCAGCACUGGUGUCUGGCAUGUGCUGUGCUCUGUUCCUGCUGAUCCUGCUCAUGGGGGUCCUGUGCCACCGUUUCCACGGCCUGUGGUACAUGAAAAUGAUGUGGGCCUGGCUCCAGGCCAAAAGGAAGCCCAGGAAAGCUCCCAACAGGGACAUCUGCUAUGAUGCGUUUGUUUCUUACAGUGAGCGGGAUGCCUACUGGGUGGAGAACCUUAUGGUCCAGGAGCUGGAGAACUUCAAUCCCCCCUUCAAGUUGUGUCUUCAUAAGCGGGACUUCAUUCCCGGCAAGUGGAUCAUUGACAAUAUCAUUGACUCCAUUGAAAAGAGCCACAAAACUGUCUUUGUGCUUUCUGAAAACUUUGUGAAGAGUGAGUGGUGCAAGUAUGAACUGGACUUCUCCCAUUUCCGUCUUUUCGAUGAGAACAAUGAUGCUGCCAUUCUUGUUCUUCUGGAGCCCAUUGAGAAAAAAGCCAUUCCCCAGCGCUUCUGCAAGCUGCGGAAGAUAAUGAACACCAAGACCUACCUGGAGUGGCCCAUGGAUGAGGCUCGGCAGGAAGGGUUUUGGGUAAAUCUGAGAGCUGCGAUAAAGUCUUAGGUUCCCACAUUUAAAGCCAGUCUUUGUCUAGUUGGGAUCUUUAUAUCACUAGUUGUAGAUAAGUUCAUUCAGACAUAAUUAUAUAAAAACUACAUGGAUGUACCGUCAUUUGAGGACUUCCUUACUAAAACUACAAAACUUCAAAUUUUGUAUAGGGUGCUGUUUUGUAAACAUAUGCCAGAUUUAAAAAUUGGUUUUUGGUUUUUCGUUUUUUCUAUGAGAUAACCAUGAUCAUAAGUCUAUUAUUGAUAUCUGAAUAUAGUCCCUUGGUAUCCAAGGGAAUUGGUUGCAGGAUCCUCGUGGAUAUCAAAAUUCAUAGACAAUCAAGUCCCUUAUAAGAGUGGCAUAGUAUUUGCAUAUAACCUAUUUACAUUCUCCUGUAUACUUUAAAUCAUCUCUAGAUUACUUAUGAUACCCAAUACAAUGUAAAUACUAUGUAAAUAGUUGUACUGUCUUUUUAUUUGUAUUAUUAUUGUAUUGUUAUUUUUUAUUUUCAAAUUUUUUAAAACAUACUUUUGAUCCACAGUUGGUUGACUUCAUGGAUGCAGAGCCCAUGGAUAUAGAGGGCCAACUGUAAUCUGUAGCAAUUGGCUUAGUUCAUUAGGAAAUAGCACAAAUGAACUUAAGAUUCUCAAUGACUGUGUCAUUCUUUCUUCCUGCUAAGAGACUCCUUUGUGGUCACAAAAGGCAUUCUCUGUCCCACCCAGCUGUCACUUCUCUGUGCAACUGAUCUCAAGAGCAACAAGGCAAAGUAUUUGGGGCACUCCCCCAAACUUGUUGCUAUUCCUAGAGAAAAGUGCUGUAUAUUUCCUAUUAAACUUUACAGGAUGAGAAAUACCUAGAGGGUGUAUUUUCAUGUGAUCUGGAUCUUUCUGGCUAUUUGAUAGGUUUCUCCAGCCAUAGUUACUUGAGAGAGUGACUACACAGCGCAAGGUACAGUAAAUUAUGUAUUUCUGUAAUUUAACAAAAUAAAUACUCAGUUUAGGAGAAUUUGAAAGACAGUUCCCACAUCUGGACUCUGGUCUUCCUCAGCCUCUAUCUUUUGAGUUCUAGUUAUUGUCCAAUCACUCUGACUCUCAGUUCCUGUUUUUUAGUCUAUUUCCCCAGCAUCUUGUUGCUUUUUCCUUCUUUGAAAAGUCUUGUUUUUAAUUCUAAAAAGGCCUUCCCUUUUCCCCCUUCUGAAUAUUUUUAAAAGUACAUGUGAGUUAAAUAGAUUUUUAAGCAAAUAUAUACCUAGAGGUUCCUCAUAGUGACUCAAAAAUAGUUUGAUACACAAUAAUUUAAAGGUAGAUACUAUUACCAUGUGUUAAUUUUGCAAUCUAGGCAUAAUAAUACCACACAUUAAAUUUUGAUGCAACGUUCUUUGGUAAGAGCUAUUUGCUGAUUCUAUGCAACUUUCUUCUUAAGCUGGGAACCACGUGAAAGGAAGUGAGCCUUCUUUGACCCCUGCUCAAUUCUCAACCAGAACUGGGUUUAUGUGGUUAAUUGGGCACUGGAGUCAGAAAGACCUGGGUUAGUAGACGUGUAAUCUUUGGCAAGUCACUUGACAUGACCUAAAAAGUUUUUGUGUCUUUAAAAUAGGGAAGAUGAUCUCUAUAUCCUAAGGUACUGAGAGUAUGAAAUGUAGGAAUGUAAGUAAACCAUGAGCCUAAGCUCCUUGAUUCCCAUUUUCUCUGGAGGGGUGAGGAGGGCAAGAGUACCACGCCUAAGAGAAUGGGCACCAUGGGUUCGUGUGUGGGGUGAGGAUGUCUGUAGUAGAUGUUAGCUAUUAUUAUUAUUAUUUUCCAAGAAGAUAUUUCAUUCCCUGAUAUAUUAUGGCUUGUAAAUGGAUAUUUUUCUGUUGCGGAUACUAGCAGGGAUAUAAGGGAUCCUGCUGUUUGCAGAAAAAUACCACUAAGAAAUAUGCUCAUUAAGUGCAGAACAAGCUUGUCCUUGGGGAACUCACACAGGGCUGCUGCUGUUUCAUGCAACCUCCCAGAAGAGUGUUAUGGAAGAAACGGUAGCCAGCCUAAAAAAAAUCAGGCCCAGUGUAAUCCCAGCACUUUGGGAGGCUGAGGCAGGAGGAUUGCUUGAGCCCAGGAGUCAGAGACCAGCCUGGGCAACAUGGCAAAACCCUGUCUCUACCAAAAAAUACAAAAUACUAGCAGGGCAUGGUGGCAUGUGCCUCUGGUCCUAGCUACUCGGGAGGCUGAUUUGGGAGAAUCACCUGAGCCCAGGAGGUCCAGGCUGCAGUGAGCUGUGAUUGCACCACUGCACUCCAGCCUGGGUGAAGAGCAAGACACUGUCUCAAAAAAAAAAAAGUUUAGAAGAAGGAAACUUGAGGAGAUUCCACAGACACCAAACACAGCAAUGGACUUUCUGCUUUACUUCUCUGUUUCCUACAUUAAGCACCAUGUUAAUUAUGAGAACCAGGUAGAUUUAACAUUGACUUGAUCUAUAUUUAAUUUCAAGAACUUAAAAUAGCAACUGAAACAGCUUCGUAGUUAAUUGAUAGAUUUAAAAUAAUCUUUAAAAAAUAAUCUUUAGGACAGGCGUGGUGGCUCAUGCCUGUAAUCCCAGCACUUUGGGAGGCUGAGGUGGGAGGAUCACCUGAGGUGAUGUGGUGCCUAUUCACAUUAAAGGUGGGUCUUCCUCUCCUGGUCCACUGACUCAAAUGUUAAUCUCCUCUGGCAACACCCUCACAGACACACCAGAAACAAUAAGAGCUAUCCAGGCAUCCUUCAAUCCAAUCAAGUUGACACCUAGUAUUAGCCAUAAUACUCUCCAAUCUUUUUUCAGUGUGUGUAUACACACUACUGUACAAAAUUGGGAUUAGAUUGUAAAUACUUAAACUUUAUAAAGAAAAUGGCAUCUUCAUUUUUUUUUCUGAGGCUGUUUAGUGAUUAUCUGACAUUCCUGAACUCUGAGGGUCAUUGUGAAUCCCCAUUCAGGUAAAUACUGGCUUAUUUGCCCAGAGUUCUAAAUGGUUCUAAAAGCUACCAUUGCGGCUAUCCAUGAAAGAUAAGUGGGAACUAAAUUAGAGAUCAGUUUAAGGGUUCUUUUUUUGUUUAACAGAAGAAAAACUAAUUUUUUGUUUUUAGUGCUUUAUCCAAAUGUGAAGUCUUUUAUUUGUCAAUAGACUACAAGCUCAAGAAUCUUGUUUUAUCUUCCCACCCCUUGGACAUGUCUACUAUAUAAUAAGUGUUGAAUUAUUGGAAUGUUUUCAGAGCAGAGAAAUAAUUAAGAAUUCUAUAAUCUGGAUGCUGAAUCAAUCAUAAUGAGAGAGGAGAACAUGAAAAAUCAGUUGUGUAGACAGCUAAGGCUAGUCUUCAGAGAAGCAGCCUGCCUGAAAAAUCACAGCUACAGGCAAAAAUAGAGCAGCCUGGGGAAAACUCAGACUGCACCUGCACAGAUAAGCAGGCAAGGUCCAGCACAGGAGCCUUUUGUUCUUUGUGUGAUUAGCAGGCUUCCAGGAAAAUGUUCCCUCUCAGACAUGAACAAGGGGGACUCCAUGGGAGAUUGCACUGCAAACAGAGGGGGCUUACCUAAAACAAACCCACAAUUAUUCAAAUGAGAAAAAAAGCUAUGCUUUGUGCUUACCUAGAGACAUCUCACAGCUGUAUAGACAGGUGGAGUUGUGAAGACAGGUUUCCAAAUAAGAGAAGUUACUCAAACAGCUACAGGGAUGAGAGGAGUUUCUUAUAUGAAAGCUUUUUCGACUGUAAAAUGGCACCCCACUUGGGCUCUCCUCUCCACUGUGGAGAGCUUUCUUCUUUCACUUAUUAAACUUUUGCUCCAACCUCA